UGCUGCUUGGAAAUCAAGACCCGUGACCACAGCGAAACCCUCUUUCUCUUCCUCCUUCCGAACCCUCGACAACCACCGACAACCUAUACCCAGUUCGCAGGAAGUGCCAUCACCACCCUUCCAACACUCAAAAUGGCCCGCCGUCCUGCGAGAUGUUACCGCUACUGCAAGAACAAGCCUUACCCUAAGUCCCGGUUCAACCGUGGUGUUCCCGACCCUAAGAUUCGUAUCUUCGAUCUUGGUCGUAAGAAGGCCAACGUGGAUGACUUCCCCAUGUGCAUCCACUUGGUUUCCAACGAGUACGAGCAGCUGUCCUCCGAGGCUCUCGAAGCCGCCCGUAUUUGCGCCAACAAGUACCUUGUCAAGAUCGCCGGUAAGGAAGGUUUCCACCUGCGCGUCCGUGUGCACCCCUUCCACGUCGUCCGUAUCAACAAGAUGUUGUCUUGCGCUGGUGCCGAUCGUCUGCAGACCGGUAUGCGUGGUGCCUUCGGUAAGCCCCAGGGUCUCGUCGCCCGUGUGAACAUUGGUCAGAUUAUUCUGUCCGUCCGCACCCGUGACGCCCACCGUGCUACCGCUCUUGAGGCCCUCCGCCGUUCCCAGUACAAGUUCCCCGGUCGCCAAAAGAUCAUUGUCUCCAAGAACUGGGGCUUCACCCCCGUCCGCCGCGAGGAGUACCUCGAGCUCCGCGACGCUGGCAAGCUCCGCCAGGACGGUGCCUACGUUCAGUUCCUCCGUGGUCACGGUACCGUUGAGGAGAACAUGAAGCGUUUCCCCGUUGCCUACGAGAACGUCGCUUAA